GACGAGAGAGCGCUGAGCGCCGCACCGGCACCGGGAGCGGGCUGCGAGGUGCGCGCCCCCGACGGCACGCUGCUGUACCGGCUGCCGCGGGGCCGGGGCGGGCCGGGCCCCGGCGCGCAAUAAACGGUUGGAUGGGGCCCGCCUCCGCCGCGCUGCUUCCGCCGGCGGCCAUGGGCUCGGAAGCGGCGGCGCUACUGGAGGCGGCGGAUUUCGCGGCCGAGAAGCACAAGGGGCAGCGGCGGAAGGACCCCGAGGGCACCCCCUACAUCAACCACCCCAUCGGGGUAGCCAGGAUUCUGGCCCAGGAGGCCGGCGUGACCGACACGGUGGUGCUGCAGGCCGCCCUCCUGCACGACACGGUGGAGGACACGGACACCACCUUCUCGGAGAUCGAGGAGCGGUUCGGGGCAGAGGUGCGGCGCGUCGUGGAGGAGGUGACGGAUGACAAGGCGCUGCCCAAGAUGGAGCGAAAGCGGCUGCAGGUCGAGCGCGCCGCCGGCAGCAGCCCGCGGGCCAAGCUGGUGAAGCUGGCGGACAAGCUGCACAACCUGCGGGACCUCAACCGCUGCACCCCGGCAGGGUGGACGCCGGAGCGCGUGCAGGAGUACUUCCGGUGGGCGGCGCAGGUGGUGGCCGGUCUGCGCGGGACGAGCCCGCCGCUGGAGGCCGAGCUGCGGCGGCUGUUCGAGGAGCGCGGGCUACACCCGGACCCGGAGCCGGCACCGUGACCGGCGGCGACGGGGCCCGGCACCGGGCACGGGAACGGCGGGCGGGGGUGCGGCGCGGCGGCCAAUAAACGUGCGCAGAGCUGA